GUCACAUUUAUUACAUACAAGAACUUUACUAUCUGCAAUUAAGUUUGUUUACCUUAGACACAACUCCACAAAUUUUUGAAGUUAGGCUUUAGCGAAAAUCAUUAGCACUGUGUACAGUAAUCCAGUUUUAGUAGAAUGAGUCAACGUGGAGCUAACUUCGCAGAGAUUUAUGUAAAUGCUCCAACGAGUAGACUCACCCAAUUGCGGGCACAAAAGGUGGCCAACGAACUGAUGACGAAGAACAGAGAGGUGCGCGACAAGUUGCUGAAUAAGAGGGUUCCCUCCUAUGCGGAAUUCAGGCGGAUAAUGCGAUCGGCAGGCAGGGAAGCGGAUAAUAACCUGGUUACCUAUAAGAGCAUGAUGGAGAUCCGACAGGCACAAAUCGAUCGUAGGCGCCUCAAGAAUAUCAAAUCGUCUGGGGACUCCAUUGGGAAUCAGCUGCGCAUCUUUAAUCGUAGCCAGCUAUCAACCGAAUUCAACCGGAAGCAGAAUAUAUUUCGCAAAAACCUCGAGCUCCUGGGACGGAUCAACCAGACCUGUCGGUUGAAGGGCGGCGUUAAUAGCUUCAAUCGCUAUUUUCCUUCCCUUCAGCCGAAUCGGGUAAAGAUCCGUGAACUGGCAGAGCGUUUGAAUCAGGAGAACAGGCAGCUAGGUUGUCGCCUCUCGAAGGUCAAGUCCAAGGUGGACAAUCACAAUCCUUGGGUGGUUCCUGUCAAGACCAUGGAGCAAAAAGCCUCUGAUGAAACGGUGGCUGAGUUUAUACCCUAUAUGCCAUCGCCGCGACUUGGAAAACGAAGUGCACAUGUUCUCCUCCGCCCAACAAUAUAUUUCGACUUGGCCGUGCGGGAAAAUAACCAGUUCCUGGGCAGGUUACUCCUUCAACUUUACACGGAACUGAGUCCCGAAGUGGUUUUGGAAUUUGUGCGCAUGGCCACUCAUAACGACAUCAAAUGCCAUCAGUUCGUGCGAAUAUUCUCAGAUCUUUGGAUGGAGGGGGAACUGGUGCCCGGUGGCAAUGAUCCAUUGCGGGAUCACCACAGCGUUAAGUACUCCUUUCUGGAUCCCAGCAAGUUGACGGGGGUGAUCUCGUAUCCAUGGGACUAUCGCCGCCACUUUCCCCAAGGUCUCCUGAGCUACACCAUCAGCUUCAAGCCCUCGGUGGCGCCGUGGAAUCGGGUCAUCUUUGGACGGGUGUGCGGUGGCCUCAGGGUCCUCCAGAACUGCCAGGCAUUCGGAACCAAGAACGGCAAGUCCAAGAAGACCGUGAUUGUCACACGCUGCGGCCUGCUCUAAUGGGACCCCAUACAUCGCCCGCCUCAUUAUGCACCUGCAUUAACAUAAACCCAACGAAGGACUCGCAACUCGGGUUAGCGCAACAAAAUUGUAGCACACCUCUGUGGUCCAAUGCAGCAGAAUGUUUUUUCUCCAACAAAAUGCAAAUAAAAUUAUGAAGUACGCCGGGUA